AUGGGAGCCGGCCAGGACCUGGAGGCCGGCGCCGGCGACGGCGGCGAGAAGGGGAUGGCCCACUCCUCCUCCUCCGGCCCGCUCCCGCCGUCGGAGCCGCCGCACCUGCGGGGCCAGGACCCCGCCCAGUACCAGUACGGCACCUUCCACCCCCCUGCCCCCCACCCCGACGUCCGCCCCCACCCGCCCGUCGGCUUCCCCCAGCCCGCCCCGCCCCCCGGCUUCCAGCAGCAGCAGCAGCCCUACGCGCCCGCCGACCCCUACUACGCGCAGGGGUACCAGGCCGCCCCAGGUUAUGGUCCUGUUGUUCAAGGUAGGCCUGUUGAAGGAAGACCCAUGAGAAUGCGGCGCCUUCCAUGCUGUGGGCUCGGCAUGGGCUGGCUUCUGUUCAUUGCUGGGUUCUUCUUUGCUGCCAUUCCGUGGUAUAUUGGUGCAUUCAUCCUAAUCUGCGUCCGGGUACAUGACCACAGAGAGAAACCAGGAUAUGUUGCCUGCACUGUUGCUGCUAUAAUUGCGGCCAUUGUUAUACCCCUUGGAGUAACAAAAGGAACAGACUCGUGGUGA